UGAAAUUAAGUCGGUGCAGUUCCGUGACUGAAAUUUAUAUCUGGAUUUGUAUUUCAGUCGCAACAAGAUAUUUAUAUAUUCAUCAAUUUAUGACUCAUGCUGGGAAUAUUAACUUUUGUUAUCUUAAAGAUUAAAACAUGGCGUCAGAGCUGUUAAAACCUUAAACAUCAGAAAGAAGAAACAAGGGGAGGAGCUGAGAUAGAGAAAGUGAAAGGAUAUUGGAAAACCAUCAAAGAAUUUUCUAUCAAUCAGAAUUAUUUUGAAGUGCAGGAAGAAGAAUGGGACAUUUUAAUAGAUUUUAGAAUAUGACUAUGGUUAUAACUUUUCAACUUGAGAACAUAUUUGAGGAAGAGCUAGAAAAUUGAUUUUUUUUCCUACAGCAUUAUAUUAGGAAGUAAGAGACCAGACAAGUGCUUAAUUUGCUGUAUAACGAAAACACUUGGGCUUUAAACUGACUUCAAAUUGGAAAUAGUUUUCCUUGAGCAGUGUUUAAGUGGAAAUAUUGUUAAUUAAGAGAUCAAACAGAAUCGAAAGCUUAUGUUUUUAACUAUCUAGUCACUAUAGUUCUGUAGAAUGGAUGUUGUAAAGGUUAUUUUUAAUUUAUAACAACUGAUAACAAUUCUUUGAACAUUUUGUGUCAAAAGUGUAAAUAGUGUUACUUGUGUGUGAAAUAGCACUGAGAGUGUAACAGUACCAGUAAAGUGAAUUAGAGGAGUGUUACAUACUGGCAGUUGGACAUAAACAGUGAUAAAAAGGGGAAAAAAAAUAUUACGCUUCUUAAAAAGUGAACUUUAGGAUUUUAAUGUAGGUGUAAUUUUAAAAAAAUACAGUUAACUUUUUCGAUGCAUAAAGAAGUGUGAAAUUAGUGUUACAUGAAUUAACUAAAGUUUAGUUGAUAUACAAGAUGGGAUAUAUACUGACAUUUACCUCCAUUUUUCUGAGCCUCGUCUGUCUCCUCAAUGCUGAUGUUCCACCGAGAUAUCCGUCUAAAGAGGAGCGUAAGGUAGCGUUUGCAUGUCAGGAUAGUUAUAUUACAUUGAAAUGCAAGGAACCUGGCACAAAAAUUAGAAUCCUCCUUGCAAAUUAUGGUCGCUUUAGUCUUGUUGUCUGCAAUCAAGAUGGCAUCCAUAAAGGUUGGAAUGUGCAAUGUAGCUCCAAAAUUUCCAUGGAAGUUGUCACUGAAAGAUGUGAUAACAGAACAAAGUGUACUUUCCAAGCCAGUAACAAACUCUUCGGAGACCCGUGUAAUGAUACCAAAAAGUACAUUGAGGUUCGAUAUUUCUGUGAAAGAGCCAAUGAAAUCACAGAGGAAACAGAACCACCGUAUACCAUUGUUAAUCCAACAACGUUUGAAGCUACAACCACCAUAUAUCCUGAAGUUACAACACUAGAACAUAAGAAACAUGUCACUGAAGCUCCACAGUCGUGGAAGAACGUGAAACACUGCCCGGAGGAGGAGUUACAUGGUUUGUUUUGGGAGAAGACUUUAGCAGGGAAAAUGUCGAUCACUGACUGUCCUGUAGAUAUGUUAGGUGAAGCACGAAGACAGUGUGGUAGGAAUGGCAAGUGGGACAGGUAUCCCGACCUAACAGACUGUGUCUCUGUAUGGAUGGAGGAACUUCAAACCAUGAUUGAUUUUGAAGUGUCUGCAGAGUUGACAAUAUCUAAAUUAAACAGUAAGAUGAAGGGGAAAGUUCUUGGUGCUGGAGAUCUAAAACAAGCUUCCAUCAAUGUCCUACCUCGUCUUGUUACUAAAAUGAAGAAAGAGAUGACCAGGGAUAUGCCAAAACAAGUGAAGAAAGAGAAAGUACAGAGCUUUACAAAGGAGAUGGUUAAAUCUGGUAGUGGUUUGUUAAAUGCUACACAGCAGCAGUCAUGGAGGGGCCUCCGACAAGAGGAGCGCAAGAAGGCUGCAACAUCCCUGAUUGUUUCCCUUGAACAGAUGGCGCUAGAAGUCGCAUCAACAAUAGAUAAACAUGAAACUGUUGCAUCGGCUGAACAGAAUAUUGUAAUGGAAGUAAGUGUGAUGAAGAUGUCGAGAACACAACAUGAUCUAAAAUUACCCAUCAAUCAGUAUACACAGGGGCCAACAGAUGGUUUCCAUGACUUCACUCUGCCACUUGAUGCUGUUUCAGGGCUAAAAUCUACAGAUGAUGUAACAGUGACUUAUUUAUUCUACAAUAACCUGGAAGAACUGAUGAACCCAUCUACUGACCAGCCAGAAGAGCAAACCCAAAACUCUGUGAUCAACUCCAACAUAAUUGCUGCAUCAGUUAUGAAGCAUACACCUGAUGUUGUCCAACCUCAUUCUAAAACACAAUUGAAAAGACCUAUGACCUUUAAACUUUCUCAUAAACAUAUGUUGAAAGACAAAGAACCUGUUUGUGCAUUCUGGAAAUACAAUGAAAGUUCACUGGUAGGAGAAUGGUCAGAUGAAGGUUGUAGAGUUGUUGAUACAAAUGAUGAUUUUACAACAUGUGAAUGUGUUCAUCUGACAAACUUUGCUGUCCUCAUGGAUGUCACUGGAACAAAGUUGAAUAAAUGGCACAGAAUGUCUCUACAAGCCAUUACCUAUGUUGGAUGUACGAUAUCUAUUGUGUGCCUCCUUAUGUGCUUCAUAUCAUUCAGCAUUUUCAGGAAUUUGCAAUCUGAUAGAAACACGAUUCAUAAAAACCUUGUACUCUGUCUAAUGAUAGCAGAGUUAUUGUUCUUGUUUGGUAUAGGACAAACACAGAAUCCGGUUUUAUGUUCAGUGAUUGCAGGUUUCCUGCAUUUCUUCUUUCUGACCUCAUUCUCAUGGAUGUGUCUAGAAGGUAUCCAACUGUACUUUAUGUUAAUUGAGGUAUUCGAGGCAGAGAGGUCAAGGGUCAGAUGGUUUUACGCUUUCGGAUAUGGUGUACCAGCUCUGAUUGUUGGAAUAUCAGCAGCCAUAGACAAUACAGGAUAUGGAACAGAAAACCAUUGCUGGUUGAGGACGGACAAUUAUUUUAUCCUGAGUUUUGUUAUACCAGCCGCCAUAGUAGUUCUUAUUAACGUGGUAAUGUUGAGUAUAGCUAUAUACAUGAUGUGUCGUCACGCUGGAGUGACUGCCUCCUCCAUACAGGCCAGACAGAAAGGAAAACUAGAGAAGAUGGGACAUGGCGGAGGCAAAAACAGCAUAGUGAGUGAAACAUCUACGGCUGUAGAUCUGCCGACAUGGUUGAAGGGUAGUGCAGUGUUGGUGGUGUUACUAGGUCUAACAUGGACAUUUGGUUUCCUGUAUUUGGAUGAGGACAUGGUAGCUAUUGCCUACAUCUUCACCAUUCUCAACAGUCUACAGGGACUCUUUAUCUUCAUAUUCCAUUGUUUCAUGGAUAGAAAGGUGAAGAAAGAAUGGCGCAGAGCAAUAUACAAAGCCAAGUGGUUACCUAUUUGCUGUCGUGUUAACAUUGGUGGAUACAACGGGCAUUUAUCAUCACCACCUUCAUCUUCCUCGGGACCUCAAAAUUACUUCCUUCGUUUCUGGAGCGGUAGAAAGAGGAAGAGAUCCACCUCAACUUCUGGCACUAAUACUAAAAAUCGUAGAAGUUUUGACAGUUUUCUCAAAUCUGAUGUCAGCAGUGGUAACACAACUGGUACUGGAGUUAAUCGCUAUAGCAACCAGAGUGAUAAGCUUCUUCCAAAUGGUCAGAAUGUUUACUCUGCUAUGCCAACGCAUUAUGAGGGCGGGGUCGUUGGAGAUUUGUCUGUCAUGGAUGCUUCCGUUAUUGAUAGUGAAUACGUUACUGAAUAUUGUCAGCACAACUUACAGGUGUCAAAUGAGAAACGGCGUUACUCAUCAGGGUCAGACAACUCGGAGGAUGACUGUCAUAAAGACAACCACCAAGAUGCUGUCAGUAAAGAUCGGCUGUCAUUUCUGUCAACAGAUUCAAACCUGAAACUUAACUCAGAGUUUCACUCUGACAAUGAAGAAGGAAAAAUAAACUAUGCAGUAUUACAGGAAGGAGAGAAGAAAACUCUUUCAACUAGUAAUAACAGUUGUCAUACAGAAAAAGAUAGAAACAAACUGAAUGAGUUACUUUCUAUGUAUCAGAAUACAAAAGACAAAAAUGGUAUUCAUGUUGUAGGUGAGCCAAUUUGUACUUCUGAGGAGAUAAUUGACUCCAACAAUGAGUGUAAAAACAAUGGUAAAACAAAAAGUGUUCCAAAUCUAAAAUACCCUGCCCACUUGUGUAAUAAUGAAAAUUUGGACUCAUCGACCCACCCGUUGUUAGGGAGUUUACCUGAUAUAUCAACAGGACGAGAGGAGGAUGUUGAUACAGACCCUUGUUCUAAAUCAGCCAAAUUUGGGACCAACAUCGAAUAAUAUACCUGACUUUGCAUUUUCAUUGUUUUAUUUCUUUGUUUUUAUUAUUUAAAUUUGUUACGAUUACUUUAUUCUGUAUGACAGGAAAUGAGUUUCAAUGUAUAUUUUAAAAGUGAAUAAAUUUUGUUUUAUAAAGACGAUUAAUUUAGUAAGGAUACUGUUUGAUGUGCCAUAGGUAAGUGGCCAGUAUUAAUUAUGUGCUAACUGCAUUGAAAUAUAUGAUUUCAUUGUACAGUUUUAAUUCUGUAAAUAUUUUAUAUCAUGUUUUUGUGUAUUUUUAUGUCAUAUUCCAUUGAUAGAAAUGUACAUAAAUUUCCUCAGUCAAUCAUUUAUUGUUGAAUAUCAAACAUAAUGUCAUAAUUUGUCUUUAUUGUAUUGUCUAUGGUUGUGAUAUGUGGGGUACAGAAUUGUGUCAGACUAAAUAUCUCAAACCAUACCUUAAUGUACUUGUUUUACUUACUUAUACUUACAAAGACUGAAGGAUAAGAAAUAGAAAGAAAUAUGAAAAUGAGAGACAACAUAAUUUUGAAUUUUAUACAGUUCAGUAAAAUUCGUAAAACAUAUUCACUAGACAUUAUUGCCUUUAAAAAUAUCAGUUACUGAACAAAAAAACAACAGAAGAAAAUACCUCCAUCUAAAUUUAUCAUAAUUUAUAAUAAUCAUUGUAGAGCAUAUUAAGGUAUGGAUUGUUAAGAUAUUGUUUUACUGAGAUCUUUUAAUUAAAUUUGGUAUCUCUUGCAUUUAAAAAUUACUUCUUUUUCAUUCCAUCGAAUAGAAUAUGGUUGUGAAAACAUCCAAGGUUGUUUUCCAUUUUCUUUUUAUGAAAUCUUCAAGCUAUUUAAGAUGUUAUAUUUUACACUUUGUUAAAGUCUUUGAAAUUUUAUUCUAGAUAGAUAGGAAGUAGAAAUAUUUAGAGUUGAGGCUGCAUUUUUUAAGUUUUUAUCUGUUACCUUUUUUAUGUUUUUAUGAUAUGUUGAACAAGUAAUCAAAGUAAAAGAUAUGGUAAAAUGGAGAAUGAUGCUAUGUUGGCAUAAUUAUUGAAUUGAAAACAAGAGCAUAAGAACAUAAAAUAAUCUAAUGGUUUAUUUUGAAAUAUAUUUUUAUAUUAUCCACUAAUGUUUUUUAAGCUUAAAGUACUUCAGAACAGCCUCUACUGUAUGUAGGAUAAUGUGUUGUAUUUAAUAACUUCAUAAGUAACUAAACUAACUAAUGAAAAGAUGCCUGUCAUGUCAUACAAGAAAUAUUUAUAAUUGAAAGUAUUUUUGGUUUUUCUAAACUCAUUACCAAUCCUGAAGUCAUAGGUUUCAUGUACAUUGUAUUUCCAUGUUUAGGAAAUUUCAUUUAGAAGUAAACUUGAAAUGAUAAAAAAGAAAAUAAUGAUAAUACAUUGAUUUUAAAGGCCUUUUUGAGGAGCUUCCCAAUGCUGAAAAAGAUACUUGUAAUUACCCAAUCAUUGUUCUAAUUGUAUAUAAGUAAUAUAUAAGUAACAAAGCAUAUAUACUAUUUUGUCAUCCCAAUAAAUGAAAAGCUUAGAAUUUGUUAAGUCUUUUUGCAUAAUACUUUUCAUCUUUAUUUUUCAUUGUCAUCAUGCCAUACUAUUAGUAUCAUGCUCAGAUGUAAUGUUGUGUUACAUAGUUUAAAGUACUUAAAAUAAUUGUUUCAACGAAAUUUCUGGUAGUGAAAAUUUGUCAAGCUAUUAUAAAAUGGUGCAAUUUUUUGUAAAGAAAGGUUAAGAAAAUAUAUACAUGUAUAUAAGAACUAAAUUGAAAAUUAGGUAAAAUUCUAUUUUGACUAAUAAGCAAUCAGUUUCUAUUUUAUUGAUUAUAUGGUGAAUUCUCUCUAUUAAGACCACUGAUGGCACUGAUUGAAAGUGGUCUUAAUAGUAAAUAUGCCUUAAUAGUGAAUUAGCCGUUUUAACAACAUGUAUUUGAUGCUUGAGAGAAUAAAUAUCCUGAUCAAGUGAUUCUUCAUUCACCACAAAGUUUUAACAAACAUUUAAAAAAAAAAAAUGUUAAUGUAAGCUAUUUUGGACCAAAACUUCUUUAUCAGCAACAUUAUUAAUAAAUUUUCAUAGAAAUAUCCUUAAUAUAUGAAGGUGAAGUUAUAUGUACAUGUAUUAUUAUUUUGAUAGACCUGAAAUCAUUGUAAUAUAUGUAAUAUACAUCCAUAAAAAAAUUAGUUUGGUGCUGUAUUUUCUUUUGGGAUAUGUUUGACUUCCCUAACAUAAUGAUGUAUAGGAUGUUGAUCACUUGUAUUGAUAGACUGUAAUCAUUUCUGAUUUCCCUAAUUAUUAACCACUGUAUUAAAUGUUUAACCACUGGUAUUUCACACUUUUAGGCAUUAUUUUACUUAAUACUCACUGAUUUUCCCACCUUGACAGUGUAUUUCAAAUCAAAUCACUUUUCUUUAGCAUCUGAAUACAUUUCACAACAAUUAGUAAGUUAUCGUUCUAUUUCUAGCUAAAUGACUAAUGAUUUUCAUUACAAUUACUUAUAAUUUUUUCUCACUGUAAGGUUGAAUAUCUAGUUAAAUUACUGAUAUUUUCCAUUCUAAUGAAUUUCAUAUUUUUCUGACUGUAAGGUUGUAUUUCUAGUAAAUUUGCUAAUAUUUCCUAUUAUAAUGAUUUACAUUACAAUUACUGAUAUUUUUCUUACUUUAAGGUUGUAUUUCUAUUUGAAAUAAUUAUUUUUGACAGUAUCUUGUUAUAUUUAAUAUAUUUACUGAUCUCUCUCCUACACUUGAUGUUGUAAUUACAAUCACAGUUCUCUCUCACUUUUGGGUUGUUUUUCAAGUUAAAAUGACUUGUUAUUUCUUUCAUCAAGAUUUUAUUUUAACAAGGUUGUAUAUGCAACCAGCACUUAGAAUCUAUAUUUUGUACAACUUGUAGACUAGAAAACCAAAGUGACCUUAAUAGAAUAUCCAGUCUGGUACACUGUGCACACAUACAUACUUUACAUCAUCUCACUUUAGGGACAUAUAAUUUAUGUCAACUGGUGGAGCUAGAUUUGACAUGUAAGCAAUUAGACACAUAUUAUUCCAAUCUUAGCUAUAAUGUGUCUUGUCCAAGGCUAUUACAAAUACAAACAUACAUGUUACACAUCUAUCUAAAUGAAAUAGAAAAUUUGCAGAAAAAAAUAACCAGUGUAGAAUCUACUCUUUUAAAAUGUAACAUCAAAGUUAAAGUAAAUAGUGUAUAAUCGUAUUUUCUUUUAAUAUAUUUGAGUAUUUGAUGUGAAUAUUUUACCAGACUAAAUAUUCUGUCAGUAUUAAUACCCAUAUCUUGUCCCAACUUUCUCUACCUUGGCAUGGCUUAAGGUUGUUCUGCAACAUUAAUGAUUGUAACAUGGUCAGAACCUUACAACACGAAGUGCAGUGAAUGCACUUUACAUUAUGCCAGGCUGUGAAAGAAGAAAGAGGGACAAGAGAUGAUUCUUGGAUAACAGAUGCCAAAAAAAUAAUUAUAUAUGACUUCCAAACUUGAGGUCUACAUAUCUCAUUCAAAAGGUUGUGACUUUGUAAAUAAACUAAUACUUUUUUCACCAUUAAAUGAUUUAUAAUAAUUAAUGUGUACCUAUUGUCUUAAUAAUGUGCUGUCAUUUUGUGUUCUUACUUUUUGUACAUUUUUAUAUUUGUAGUUUUUAUGUUAGCAUUUCAAUUGGAUUUGUAUUUACUAAACGAUGUUAACCAAAGUUCCAUUUUAAUUGUUGUAUUUGAUUGAAAAAGAUUUAUUUUAGUCAUAGAUAAUAUUGUCUUGGUUUUUUUAAGAAAAGAAAAAGAAAGUACAAACUUGAUGUCUUCUGUCAGUUUAUAUGUAAAUAGUUGAAAUAUAAGAAAAAAAAAUAGUUCCCCGAUUUUAUGUAUUUUAAUUUUUAGAAAAAGAGUGAAAAAGAAAUGGACAAUGACUAAUGACUGUUUGAAUCAAACAAUAAUUGUGUUUGUAAGUUCAUCUUAAAAACUGUUUUACUUUUCUUCAAUUUAAAACGAAAGCUAGAAUAAAUGAGAGUUGAAAGAUC